AUGGCAGCGAGAGCAAAAGCGGCGGCAUUGGUGUCGCGCGCGAUGCGCCUGCGAUUCUCCGUAUGUCUCGGCGGCUCAAUCCUGCUCCUGACGUUUCUGCACUUCUUCCUGUGCAGCUCUUACAACUAUCCAUACAUGUCACGUGCCUUUGUGCUAGACGACUUAUAUAAGAAGGUGAAUCCUCAACUAGAGCUGUCCAAGUCAAAGCCACAGUGCGACUACAGCCGCGUGUUGGCGAGCCGCAAAAGCUUCAGCGGCUGGGAGGUGCAUACGUUUCAAAACUAUAACGACCUGUCCCUAGACGGGUUAGUGAACGGUAGUUUCGCCCCAGCGCAUUGCAACCCGCUCGUGAGCGUGGCGGUCAUCGUCUCGUAUCGCAGUCGCGAGGAGCAGCGCAACAUCUUCUUGCCUUACAUGCACAAUUUCUUGCGUAAGCAAAACAUUCAUUACAAAAUAUACAUAGUCGAGCAGGAGGACGAGAAGCCGUUCAACAAAGGUUUGUUGUACAACACUGGCGCGCAGCAGGCCAUGGCCGAUGGGUUCCCGUGUCUGGUGUUGCACGACGUGGAUCUGCUGCCGCUUGACGCCGCUAACCUAUACGCCUGCCUUAGCCAACCGCGGCACAUGAGCGCCAGCCUCGACAAGUUCCGCUUCUUGCUCACUUACGACACCCUGGUGGGAGGCGCGCUGGCCAUCCGCGCCGACCAAUACGUGCAGGUCAACGGCUUCUCCCACCGCUUCGAGGGCUGGGGCGGCGAGGACGACGACUUCUAUAAUAAGAUCAAAGAUAACGGCCUACGCGUACUCAGAUUGGAGCCGGAGCUGACGCACUACACUAUGCUCGAGCACGCGCCCGAGGCGCCGAACGCGGCGCGGUUCCGCGUACUGCGCGAGAACCGGCGCCGGGUGGGCCUCGGCGGUCUCGACGGCCUUGACGAGUUGCGGCAACGCGCGCGCCCGCGCCUGCGCACCUACCGCCUCUUCACGCUGGUGGGCGUUCGCUCGUAG